AUGAACGCCUACACUCCCGCGGAAGUGGCCGAGCUGGUCUCCCGCGCAGGAGCCACCAAAGGUAAUAUGCGCCUCGAUAAAGUGUUUUUCAGUGCCUUCUCAGCCGGAUGUCUACUGGCUUUCGCAUGCGGCACAGUGUUGAGCACCAACACUGCCUCGUGGUACCAGGAGAAUGCCCCGGGACUUAUCCGGACCAUCGGGGCACUAGUCUUCCCGUACGGGCUCGUCAUAAUCGUCUUGACAGGAGCGGAUCUAUGCACGGGAUCGUUCAUGUAUACCACCGUAGCCGCUCUACAACGCCGACUCUCCUGGCCUAAAAUGCUUCUACAUUGGUUCGUCACUUUCUGGGGAAACCUCGCUGGUUCGUUAUUUGUCGUGGCCAUCAUCUUCGGCUACGGAAACGUCUUCUCCGCCGAGCCCUAUAAAUCCCAAGUCAUCACCAUGGCCAACAAAAAGCAACUCACCCCAGAUUUCCACAUGAUCUUCCUCCGCGGCAUCGGCUGCAACUGGCUGGUCUGUCUAGGCUGUUUCCUCGGCCUCCAGGGACGAGAACUAUCAUCGAAGAUUAUCGGAAUCUGGCUGCCCAUUUUCGCCUUCGUGUCGUUGGGAUUCGAUCACGUUGUCGCAAACAUGACAUUCAUCCCGAUGGCAAUCUGGCUGAAAGCUCCCGAGUUGAAUGUGGGACUUUAUAUCUGGAAAGGGAUAAUUCCGACCUUAUUAGGGAACAUUAUCGGUGGUGGCUUAUUUGUUGCGACGUAUUGCUGGUAUAUGUACCUGCUCAACGACCAGGCUAUCACUCUCACUGGGCUUCGGAGGGGACAGGAUAAGUCUGAAGCGAGCAGCUACGCUCCAAGAGGGAAAGAAGAUCUAGAGGCCUCUGGAGCGAGUAGUAGUGGGGAGGUCCGGUAG